AUGGCACAGAUAUUCAUUUUCUUCUCACUUCUACCUACGGAACUGAGACUCAAGGUAUGGAACUACGCUUGUAGCUUCUCCCCACGAGUAAUCGAGGUCGCUCCACAAAUUCUCAACCCCGUUUACCCUGAGCAGUAUAGAAGGUGGAGAGCCAUGGCAAGUACCAUUCUCCCCCUUUUGCAAGUCAACCAAGAAGCCCGAUACGAGCUGUUGCCACGAUACUCCGCACCGUUUAGUCUUCGAAAACUCGAUCCCUACCACCCCGCCUACCUAUUGAUCAACCACGAGGUCGACACUUUAUACUUCCGAGUCGGCGAAAUGUCGCUUUUCCGCCGGGAGAUGUUCUUUCAAGUCCUUUUUGAAGAUGAGGGGGUGGAUUUGAGGAACAACCUGAAGAGCUUGGCAGGUAAUGAGAAGUUCUGGCAUACCAUGGUCCCGCAAGCCCUUGGCAAUCCCAAUCCUUGCUUUCGAGACUUCGACAAUUUCACAAAAUUGAAGGAAGUCGUCGUUGUCUCUUACCUUGAGCAGCGACUUGAUGAUUCUGAUGGCGCGCCUAGACUUGCCAGGUUAGAGGAGAGUGUCCUGGGAGGUGCGUACGAGAGGAGAUACGAGCCAUGGCUCAACGAAGGAUUCAACAGCAUACCGCGGAAUAUUCCAAUAACCGUCAAACAAUGUAGAGAAGUUGCAAAGCUAGCGUUGGCUUCUGCAUUAUAGUGCAAGAGAUAAUUCGAAGAGUUCAC